AUGAUGCUGGAAGAUUGGUUCCACCGUGGGGACUACCACAUCGACGUGUGCAUAAACGACUACCUGGAUGUCUACUGUCCUCACUAUGAAGACACAGUGCCUGAGGAGCGGACAGAGCGCUACGUCCUCUACAUGGUCAACUACGACGGCUACAGCACAUGCGACCACACCGCCAAGGGCUUUAAGCGCUGGGAGUGCAACAGGCCGCACUCGCCGAACGGACCGCUCAAGUUCUCAGAGAAGUUCCAGCUCUUCACUCCGUUCUCCUUGGGCUUUGAGUUCAGACCGGGCAGAGAGUAUUACUACAUCUCCUCCACCAUCGCUGAGAACGGCAGGAAAACAUGCCUGAAGCUCAAAGUUUUCGUCCGACCAUCAAACAGCUGUGUGAAAACUAUAGGCGUACAUGACCGCGUUUUUGAUGUAAACGACAAAGUAGACAAUACAUUAGAACCACGAGAUGAUACCAGCCACGAACCGGCUGAGCCUUCCCGAAGAGAAACAAACGCUGCGCCGCACCUGCAGAAAACAAGUCGGCUUCUGACUUCGUUGCUGGUCUGCCUAGCAGCACUCUUCACUUUAUAGCGCCUCCCCAUGUCCCGGAGGUCAUUUACACCUAGCGUGGCCUGAAUCUGCCCGAGGCUGCAGGGUUAGGGGGUGGGGAUUUGGUGCGGAUCGCGUUUGCUUGAUUGGGCAUAAGAGCAGGCUUCUCAAGGAACCCUCUAUUUUUUUCAGAAAAAAAAAAAAUAUUUAAGUGGUCUUUCUCCGUCUGUGAGUGAAAAAAAAAAAAAGUUGAUGUUAGAAGUGGGAGAGACAGUUCCCCCUUUUAAACCUUCAACUAAGAUGCCAAAUCCCGUUUUUUGACACUUAGUGAUUCUUAUUUUCCCGUGACUUUUGACAUCCCUUUACAUCACGUUUAUGUCAUUGCAGCACUGAUGUUUACCCGCAUACAUAUAGCACACGACCGCAGCAUCGCAGAGUCAAGACGCCUCUACGCCGACGGUCGGUAGAGUUUGUUUUGGGGUUUUUUUUUGUACACAGUAGCAGUAUUACUCAGUAGGAAAGUGAAGACUCUAGAGCCUUAGAAAUGACUGUACAUACACAAACAAGUAGUAGUCCCGAGACCUCUCAAGAAGCCUUUCACGAGAUCUUCUGGGUGAUGAGCAGAUUUUUUUUACUAUUUUGCUGGGAUCUCUAGGGGAAAAGAAAGAUGUAGGAUGGUUCUAGGUAGAGGUCAGAAUAGAAACCGCAGCACUGAGAAGCGCGUACAUGGCAUGCACCUUAACCCACUGGUCUCUGGUUUAACGAUAGCGCCCCCAGUAAGAGUUUGUAUAUAAUGGAUAAGCUGCUUAGAAGUUCAGCGCGUGAAGGUAAAAAUCCAUGGAUCCGGCGUUUAACUCCUUUGUGUCGAGCACGCCGGUCUGCUCAAUAAAACAUCUCUUUAAGAAUCGCAAAAACAACUAAAUGGAAACUUUCUCGCCAGACCCCCCCUUUUUGCCGACGAGGAUGGAGGAUCGAUAGCUUUUGCGAGUUGAUCACACAAUUUCAGCCGCAGUCAUUUUAAGCAAUGUUUACUGAGCUGGGAAGCAAUUGUUCUCUCUGUUUCAUUUGAGUAUUAGUCAAUAUUAACACUCCCAUAAACAUUAGCAUCCACAAGUUGUUUUUUUUCCUCCCUCCUCUCGCCGCUGAUUGUCAAAAUGAUUGUUUAAAAAAAUUAUUCACAGCUCGGUUGGAGCUUUUUACUAUUUUACUUUGCCAGUGGUUUCAUUAAACUUUGUUUUUAACAAUGCAAACACUGUAAACUUUAGUGUUUGUACUUAAAACAGAACAACAACAGAAGUAAUAGCAAAGAGUUUGAAAAGACCCUUCAGUUCACAGUGCCAUACUUUUUUUAAAUUCAUGUUUGCCCCUUAAAUAUAACCGUAGCUUCGACUCGUACAGUAGAUGUUUAUUGCAGCCGUUCGUUUACAGGACUGAUGCAUAGCUCCAAUUAGUUGGAAACACAACACAGGAAGUAGUAUCCAUUAAAUCCGAGGCGAUGCUCUGUUUAGUCUAGCCAGGUUUAUGUUAGCACUUAAAUUCUAAGGAAUCCACUGCGCAAUAAGGACGUUCAGCUUCCUUCAAACUCCCACACGGUGAUUUAGCAUAAUGAAAGAUUUUUACUAUACGCCCUUUUUUUUUGUUUUUUUAUUCAGAGAGACGUUUGCUUCCGACUCUGCAGAAACCGACCCAGGUUGUGAGAGAAAUGGGGCACCGACCGGUUUGGAAAGACAGAAAGAGAGAAAUGGAGCGAGAAAAAAAAAAAAAAAAAGGAGCGCAGGAGCAAUUGCAUGUCCACCUUCAGCUCCUCGUGUUACUGGUUUAAGUGACUCUUUAAUGAGGUUCAAAAUGACAGGCAUGUGGACCCCAUGUUGUGGCAAAGGGAGUUAUUUCUGGUAUUAAAAAUAGAUGGUGGAAGGCUUGGGGGGUCUCGGGAGGGGGGGUGUAGAUUUCCACCGUGGGGGGUUUUAAAGCACCAAUGACCUUGCAGUUUGAGAGAAUUGGUGAGUGAAGGAGACAGAAAGAAUUAAAGCGGGAGACGCACACACAGAGAUAGAAAGACACGGGAGGUAGCCGAAGGUUGUGUGACUAGAGUGCCUAACAAAACGCUACUGGAGAAACACCUGAUUCAAUGACAAACAUAUUGUCCAGCACCAUUCAAAGGCAUGCACUGUUUUUGUUUUGUUUUUAUGGCUGCCUUUUUUAUUUUUCUUCUUCCCUAGAAAGACUGCCUUUGCCUUUUCGCCAUUUGUUUGUCGUGCUGCGGUAACAAUGCUAUUAAAGCAGAAUAGCAGCUCAGCUAUGAGGGGUAAUAGGAGACGAGGCCAUUUAAUGAGGUACUAAUUUUCAGGAUAACACCACAGGGAAUAAGCACUGCAUAAGAUUCAAAAUGGACGCUUGUCAGCAGAUUAACACUAGACUUUUAUUACGAACCAGCUUCAAUUGUACUCUCUUAUAAUUACCAGUACUAUUUGUCAUUAUUGCUACCAUUACCAUGAUUUGUUCUGUACACACACACCUUAACCUGGGAAAUGAGGAUCAACUUAUAUACUGGAUACUGUGUAUCCUGAGGUAGUCAACCAUAAAACAUGUAGUGUUAGGUUAGUAUCUGUUUUGUACCUUUCUGGAGGACAAAAGAAAAAAAAAAAACAACAAAAAAAAACGAGAUACAUCAUUGUUAAAACUGUAUAAUUAUUAUUAUUGUUAUGAUGAUGAUGAUUAUGACUAUUAUUAUUAUUAUUAGGAGAACUUCUUGAUGUAAAUAGUGUUUGAUAUUAAAGUAUUAAUUUGGUU